UGUCUAGGGGAUCUCCCACUGAAUUUCUAUAAAUCCAAGUCUAUUGAAACUCUUAUACUUGAUGGUUGUUGGAGAUUUGAAAACUUGGCUGAUGGCUUAGGGGACAUGGUAUCAUUGACAAUUUUGCAAGCAGAUAACACGCGCAUCAGACAAAUUCCAUCUUCCAUAGUAAAAUUGAAGAACUUGAGAAUUUUAUCUCUAUCUGGCUGCUACUUGUUAACUGAGGAUGGAAUCCCUAAGGAUCUAUGUAGCCUAAUUUCCUUAGAACAUCUGCUUCUUGGAGACAAUCACUUUUGUAGCCUGCCAAGCCUCGCUGGUCUUUCAAAGCUCAAGGUCUUGUGUUUAAAUGCAUGCAGAAGACUUCGUGCUAUCCCAGAUUUACCAACCAACUUGUAUGUUCUGAAAGCAAAUGACUGCCCAGAAUUGGAAACAAUUCCAGAUUUUUCAAAAAUGUCGAAUAUGAGAGAAUUGUAUCUAAAUGAUUCGUUCAAACUCACUGAGGUUCCAGGCUUGGAUAAGUCAUUAAACUCCAUGACAAGGAUUCAUAUGGAAGGCUGCACCAAUCUGACUGCCGAUUUUAGGAACAACAUCCUACAGAGAUGGACUUCUUGCGGAUUUGGUGGAAUUUAUUUGAACGGAAUUUAUGAUAUUCCUGAGUGGUUCAAAAUCGUCAAUGAUGUGGAUGGUAUCGUCUUCUUUGAAGUUCCUCAAAAAACCAUGGGUCUUGAUUUAAAAGGGUUGACUAUAUGCUUCGUUUACUCUUAUUCUGUUUUUGGCCCAAAACUUGAAGAUUCUGAAGGUCCUAUUGGCGUUAUCGUUAGAAAUCUUACCAAACAAACUGCUUUGCACACCAAGAUAGCAUUUGCCUCCUUAAAAACUUACAGUGAACUUGAAGACCAUUUCCGUUGGUGGAGACCUGAGGACCAUUAUCUUUGGCAGAGACAAUUGUCAAAUGAACCUGAAGACCAUUAUCUUUGGCAAGGACAAUUGUCAAACGAUGUGCUCCAUUUGGAAGGCGGUGACCACGUAUCGAUUCUUGUAAAGCCUCAUGAUGUUGAUUUUGUGAGAGUGAAGAAGACAGGGGUUCAUUUAGAAUGGGACAAAGUCAUGAAGGAAAAUAUGGAUAAUCCGGAUCCUCAUUCGUAUGAUUUGGAAACAAAUCAGAAUUUUUCAGGGGGAGUUGAUGACGCAUUUUUCAGGGGCAGUGUUAUACAUGAACAAUUAGCAGUGGAACCAUAUCUGAAUUUUUCUGGGGGAACUGAUAAUGGGGCAGGACGGAGCCAUGACGCACGGCCGGAUGAUGGAGCAAGACGGAGCCAUGACGCAUUUGUUCGGACUAAUCAAUCGAGUGCUGUGGAUAAACAAUUAGCAGUGGGAGGGGUGUUUGGCGCAUCUUAAAAGUUUUUUAUUUAAACUUUUCUUCAAUUGUUUUUCCCACCCACGUUGACAGGAACUAUUUAAGAUGAAUUUUCCUUUCUUUUUUUUUUAAAUAAUUAUUUUUUUUAUAUUUUAUUUAUUUUAUACUUGACAUAAAUCCUGCAAAUUGCAAAGGAAAGGACCGCAACCAUGAAUUGAAU